CGUAAAUGUAAAAUGAAAGAAAGAAGUGCACUUCAGGGUUUUUCCUCUCCUCAGAGUUAAACACAAAACCCUAGUAAUAACCAUUACACUCUUCACUCCGACUCUCUCAUUUCCAAUUCUCAAACAUGCAAGCAAUGCGGUUUCUAUACACCCAACAACAAUAUCUAUACAUUCGUAGAUUCACAUCACGCCCUUCCUUCAUCUCCUUCAAAUCUUCACAAAACCCUCAAUAUGCCCGGCAUUUUCGGCCACCUCACCGAAGAACCAUUCACUCAACAAACCACCAUCACUACAAAGAAUCAAGCGUCGAUGUCGAUGGCUAUGGUACAAGGAGCUGGAAUAAUUUAAAUUUAUCGGUCAAAGAAGCCGCUUCAAUAAAUGAGGAAAACCCUAAGGUUAGCACUGUCGACGUUCCGACUUCAUGCGAGCUCGUGACCAGUAGAGAAAUGACGGACAAUAAUGGAGAACAAGGUUUGGAAUCGAGUGACCGAGCAGAGAAUUACCCAACCUUGUCGAGUUUAGAGUACGAAGAUGAUCCGAAAGAUAGGUCUUUAAGAGGAAUGACGAACGAUAAUGGGGAACACGAAUUGGAAUCGAGUAACGGAGCUGAGAAUUACCCGACCUUGUUGAGUUUAGAUUUCCAAGAUGAUCCCAAAGAUAGGUCUUUUAGAGAAAUGACGAACAAUAAUGGGGAACAAGAAUUGGAAUCUAGUAACGGAGCUGAGAAUUGUCCGACCUUGUCGAGUUUAGAUUUCCAAGAUAAUCCCAAAGAUAGGUCUUUUAGAGGAAUGACGAACAAGAAUGGGGAACAAGAAUUGGAAUCAAUUAACGGAGCAGAGAACGGGGAACAGGAAUUGGAAUCGAGUGAUGAUCCGAAAGAUGGGUCUUUUGGGGGUGUUGCGAAGGCUUCAGUAGGUGGGUUGAGACUGGAAUCACGUAGUGGUCAAUCUUAUGGGAAUAAGAAGAAGGGGAAGAAAAAGACUGUUUGGGUGUGUUCCGAUUGUGGAUUUUCUUAUCAUGGUCGGUGGCAGGGAUUUUGCAGCCAAUGUGACGGCGCCGCCACAUUUAAAUUGGAAGAAGUGAAAGAGAUCCCGGCAGAAGAGAAUGAUGGAGGCAAAACAAGCGGGUUUAAGGUUUCAGAGAAUUUGACGCGGUCAUGGUGGAAUUCAGUUGAGGGGGAUCCAUUAAGGUUGACAGAUGUGAACAGGAGGAUGAACCUGUCAAAUUGGCGAAUACCUUUGUCUGAGGAGUCUGACAGAAUUGGAGAUGAAGUUGCUAGGGUGCUUGGUGGGGGUGUGGUACCAGGUUCUUUGGUUUUGGUUGGUGGUGAUCCUGGAGUUGGCAAAAGUACACUGUUGUUGCAGAUUGCUGCAAUAAUAGCUGAAGACCGUAUUUUUGGUAAACCAGCUCCAGUUGUGUACGUCUCUGGUGAAGAGAGUGUUCAGCAGAUUGGACACAGAGCAGAUCGUAUGAAGAUUGGAACAAAAGAGCUUUUCUUAUAUUCAAGUACCGAUCUUGAGGAUAUAUUAGGAAAAGUUCAAGCUCUCUCACCUCGGGCUUUAAUCAUUGAUUCCAUUCAAACAGUUUAUCUGAAAGGAGUUGCUGGAAGUGCUGGAGGUCUCAUGCAGGUGAAAGAAUGCACAGCAGCCUUGCUGCGUUUUGCUAAGAGGACAAAUAUUCCUGUUCUUAUGAUUGGACAUGUGAAUAAAUCUGGAGACAUAGCAGGACCUCGUGUCUUGGAGCACAUCGUUGAUGUUGUUUUAUAUUUGGAAGGGGAGAAGUACUCAUCUCAUCGUUUACUUCGAUCAGUAAAGAAUCGAUUUGGAUCCACUGAUGAGCUUGGAGUAUUUGAAAUGUCCCAAUCGGGAUUGGAUGCUGUUUCAAACCCCAAUGUGAUGUUUUUAAGUGAGCAGCACCUAGAUUCGGAUUAUUUAGCAGGACUAGCUGUUGCUGUAAUUAUGGAUGGAUCUCGAACUUUUCUUAUUGAAAUUCAGGCAUUAUGUGUAGCUGCUGGUUCAGUUAUGAGGCAAGUAAACGGGAUUCAAAGAAGCAAAGCAGACAUGAUUAUUGCAGUUCUUACGAAGCAAGCUGGUCUAAAGCUCCAGGAGAAUGGUGUCUUUUUAAAUAUUGUUAGUGGGGUGACCCUGACAGAUACUGCUGGGGAUCUUGCUAUAGCAGCCGCAAUAUGCAGCAGUAGCUUGGAAUUUGCUAUUCCAAAUAAUGUGGCAUUCAUUGGAGAAAUUGGUCUUGGUGGUGAGAUUCGUACGGUACCAAGAAUGGAGAAAAGGGUAAAUACAGUGGCAAAGCUGGGAUACAAAAAGUGUGUGCUCCCCAAAUCAGCUGAGAAUUCUCUAGCAGAUUUUGAUUUUCAGGGUAUGGAGAUUGUGGGCUGCAAAAAUUUGAAGGAGAUGAUCAACAGAGUGUUUAAAAAGGAUGAAGAUUGUUCACAACCAUGUAUUGAAAAUGUCACGGAUGAAAGUUGUUCAGAUCCUUAUAUUGAAAAUGCCACGGCACUGUAGUCUGUAAUUAAUUUUACUACCCUUUGAUAGUUUUUAUGGACUAUUGAGUAUUGAUAGCAUAUGAUGUAAAACUUUUAACUCUGGUGUUUUGUGAAUUGAGUAAUGCUAUAUUUGGGAGCACUGAUAGUUUGUGAUC